AUGAUGCUGUUCUAUGGAGGAGAAACACUGAUAUCUCCAACUGCGUGCGAAGCUGAGCUUCACACAUCCUCGCAUCCUCUGAGAGUCAACAUACCACCGCAGACACAAUCGCGAGUGACAAGCGGUGAAGAAUUCUGCUGGGAGAAAGGAGCCAACAAUGUGCCCAGAACAGGUGGAGUCGGUUUCAUCAUAAAAGCGAAAAUGGUCCCGUACAUUAUUUCUUGUGAUAUCAUAUCCCCACGUGUCGCUGUUCUGAAGGUCAAACUACAAAAGUUGGGAAAUCGAACGCUCAAAAUGGUGCAAGUAUAUGCGCCCACUAUCACGGCGGAGGACGACGAAAUCGAACGUUUCUACGAAGAAAUAGAGACGGCAUUGAAGCUUAAAUCGACAUGCACUAUUGUUCAAGGCGAUUUCAACACAGUUGUCGGCUCCCGAUUGGACGAUACGGAAUACCUCAUAGGAAGGUACGGUGCGGGAGUAAGAAACGACAGAGGAAACCGUUUGAUCGAAUUUGCAGAACAACAUCAAUUCUCAAUAAUGAACACUUUCUUCGAGAAGAAAGCGAAGCGUCUCUGGACAUGGAGAAGCUCAGACACGAGAACUCUGAGGCAAAUUGAUUAUGUGCUGACCGAUACGCCAAGAUUGUUUGCUGACGUCUCUGUUAUAGGGGAAAAUGUGAUAACGACUGGCUCCGAUCAUCGGCUUUUGCGUUCGGUGAUCCUCUUCGAUGCCAAGAAAGAACGUCGAGUUCUGCAUUCGCAAAGAACACUCGUACGACAAACUUUCAAUGCCGAUAUGUAUGCUGCGAUGAUAGAGUCGUCAGAUCUACACAUGAAUACCGGAAGCAAUAUCGAUGCCGACUAUGAAGAUCUACAGUCCAUUCGGGUUGGCAGCCCUCUUGUCCUAUAG